AGAUGUAAACAGGAAACACAUGUUACAGCAAGGCUGUCGGCUCUCCGAACUUUACCGAUGUCCUGCGUUUAACUGCCGAGUUUAUGAGCUUCGGUCCUUGCUUGGAAGUUGAUGUUACAGAGAGAUCACAAAAUGUUGCAACCUAUUCUUCAUAAUUUGAAUUGUAAAAGAAUUGUUUUAGCCAGUAGUUCACCUAGACGUAAACAAAUACUUGAAAAUAUUGGAUUAAAGUUUGAAAUUGUGAAGUCAAACUUUGAAGAAAAUUUGGAAAAAUCUAGCUUCAGAAGUCCUGUUGAUUAUGUUAAAGAAACGGCUAAACAGAAAACUAUUGAAGUGGCAUCCAUUCUUGCUGAUAAACAGACACCUGUUGACCUGGUUAUAGGAGCUGAUACAGUAGUUACCCACAAUAAUGUCAUAUUUGAAAAACCCAGGGACAAAACUCAUGCUUGUGAAAUGUUAAAGCAGUUCAGUGGUAGUAUUCACACAGUAUGGACAGCUGUAGUAUUAAUAACACCUAUUAACUCAACAGUAUUUAAAGGAGAUAGAUUGUGUCGAGAAGAUGAGAGAUUUUAUAUAACAGAAUUCCAAGAAUCUACAGAUGUUAUGAUGACAAAACUUACGCCAGAAAUCAUUUCAUCUUAUGUGGAUACAGGGGAACCAUUGGACAAAGCAGGAGGCUAUGGUAUACAAGCUGUUGGUGGAACAUUGAUCGAAGGAAUUAAAGGAGACUAUUUUAAUGUGAUGGGAUUUCCUUUGCACAAAUUCUGUUGCAAUGUUUCAAGAAUAUUUUGUCAUCAGACAUCAGAAUAAAGUUUCUAUUUUAAACAGUAGUCUAUUUAACAACCUGCCAAUAGCAAAACAGGAUAAAGAAUGAUAUAAAGUAGAGCAGCUUCCUCUUUUUCAUUUAUGCAUUUUUAUAGUACAAAAUGUACUCUGUAAAUAUGCAUAGAAUUAAUAUCCUUUGGCAUAUA